AUGUAAUAUUAAUAGCAACGCAUUUCAACUAUUUAAGAGUAUAAAUAUGCUUCACAAACUAAAAGUGCAAGAUCAAAUACUCCUAAAACUCGUGAUAGUCGUUAUGAAUUCUCUUAAGAUUCAAUAAGAACUUCUAAUGAAUAUAGAUCAUCUAAAUUAACUCCUGAAAUUAAUCAAUUUUUAAUGGCUUGUGAAAUUGAAAGACUUUCUGCUGAAAAUGAUAAACUAAAAUUUAGAAUCAAAGAAAUGUAAGACAAUACAUAAGAUAAGCAUAAUUUAGUACAAUAAAUCAUGGAUUUAACUAAUAGAUUAAAUGACAUGUCUAAUAUUAUAGAAAUCUAUAAACAUGAGAAAUCUGAAUUAAUAAUACAAACUACAACUUUAUAAAAGGAAAUUUAGAAUUAAAAAUAAUAACAAACAGAUUUUUAUGAAAGUAGAAUUUCUAAUCUCUUAAAUGAAGUUGACAAUCUCACAUCCUAAUUAAGAGAAUUUGAAACUUUUAAGAUUAAUGAAAUGCAAAUAUUAAGAAAUGAAUUAGAAUUUGCUAUGAAAACUGAAAUUGUAAAUAAUAAUCAAUAGUAUAUAUUAGGAAAGAACAACAAAGAAACAAGAACUAAAUUCUUAAUUUUAGAGAGAAUUUCUAGAAGGAGAAUUAAAAAAGUGGAAAGAAUUGUGUAAUUAAAAAUAAAAAGAAAAUGAUGAUCUUAAAAAUGUAAUAUUGUAGAAAGAAUUAAAUAAAUAAAAAGAAUUAGAAAAUUAAUUAUUAUCAUAUAAAAAUGAAACAGAAAGAUUAAAUAAAUUAUAGAUCACAAAAUAAGAGGAAGUAGAAAUUUGGAAAUAAAAGUAUUUAAAAAUUUAAUUCAUUAAUAAUGAUUACUAAAAAUUGUAAAUUGAAAAUCAAUAAUAUAUUGAUAAAUUUUCAGCUCAAGAAGAUAGGAUUACUCUUCUUACUAGUUAAUUAAAUUAAUACCGAUAAUAAAUUGAUAAUGCAAAUGCUCGUAAUCUGUUGACUUUUAUUCUUAGUCACUUAAGCUGAAAAAAAUAAAACGAGUUAAAUAUUUGCUUAAUUAACCGAGAUGGACAAAAAGAAAUCUGAAUUUGAAAACAGAUACAAAAAUCUUUUGUUUGAAGUUGAUAAAUUAAAUGAAAUUAAUAAAUCUAAGGAAUAAUUAUUUAUAAGUUAAAAUAUCAAGUAAUUAUAUCAAUUAUUUAUACUAGGAUAGAAGAAUUUCAACAUUCUCUUAUUUAGUAUCGUUCAUUAAAUGAAGAAAAAACAUAAGAAGUAGAAAAUCUACGUAAAUUUAUAAUUUAAUUAUAAUAAUAAAUAGUAAAAUUAGAAGAAUAAAUUGAUUAACUUAAAAGAUUCUAAGAAAAUGUAAAUAAUUCUUAUGAAUUUUAGUGUCGAGUCUUGUCUAUUGAAAUUGAUAGACUAAAUGAAGAAAAUAAAGAAUAAGAUUUAGAAUUGAGAUAAUGGAGAAUGUAGUAUGCUGAUCAAGGAUUUUUCAUAAAGUAGCUUUAGGAUUAACUUUGUAUGAUUGUAGUGCUUAUAAGUGAAAUUGAGAGUUUGAGAUCAAGAUUAUUAGAAAAAGAUUUGGAAGUAGAAGAAGCUAGGAGAUCUAGUCUUGCUCCUUAUAAAAUAUGA